AUGGAGGCUAUUGGGGAUACUUUGAAGUGUCCCGUUUGCCAGGAUUUCUUCACUGAACCUGUGAAACUCCAGUGCGGACAUGACUUCUGCCUCACUUGCAUCCAGGCUGUUUGGGAAACAGAUGUGUCUCCUGAGGGCCCUUUCUUCUGUCCAGAGUGUCAGAUACUCCUCCCCACUGACCCCACUCUGGAGAUAAACACUGACCUGCAGACUAAGGUGAAGGACUUCACCACAAAGGGAAAGUCAGCAGCAUCCGAGUCGCAGCCGACAGCUCCAACCAGCGCGACAAAAUCCCCUCCGACCGUUUGCUGUGACCACUGCAUCGAGAGGCCGUCGGUGGCGGUGAAGACCUGCUUGACCUGCGACGCCUCGCUGUGCCAGGCUCACGCCCUGCUGCACCAGCAGAGGUCCGUUCUGAGGGAGCACACGCUGGUGGAGGUCACCAAAGACCCGUUGUCACUGAAGUGCAGGGAGCACCGGGACGAGCUCAAGCUCUUCUGUCUGGAAGAUAAGGUACCUGUGUGCUGCUUGUGUGUCCUGGUCGGCGUGCACAAGCACCACAAGGUGUCCCAGCUGCACGAAGCCAGUGCAGACAUCAAGAGUACAUUGGAAGCUACUAUGAAUCAUCUGCUGAAGAGGAGAGGUGAAGCAGAGCACGCUAUCAAGGACUUGGAAGCUCUAUACUCCCAAACUGUGGAGUCUGCAGCAGAUUACAGAGAGAGACUCUCAGAUAAAUACAGCAGGAUCCGUGUUGUGCUGGAUGCAGAUGAGCGUCUGAUGAUGCAGAUCAUAGAUGCAGAGGAGACUUAUAUGACAGAGUGGCUGGAGGCUCAGAGGGGCAUUAUUGAAUAUCAGAUCAAAGAAAUAGACGGGCUCAGAGCCUCCAACAAAACGCUUCUCCAGGAAAAAAAUGAUCUUCAUUUCCUACAGAAGCUGCGAACAGUUGAGAGGCUGGUGGAUGACCUGUCCCUAGCUCUGUCCCAACAUUUUCCACGAAUGUGGUCGUAUCUAUGUUCACCUGUUUUAGACUGUAAAACAGCCCACCCAAAACUGGAAAUAUCCCAAGACAUAAAGCAGGUGUACUGGAGACGUCAACCUGUCGAUGAAGGACCCAGCCUACAGCCUUAUGACUCCCAGUACAGUGUCCUGGCUAAGGAGAGUUUUACAAGUGGCCAGCAUUACUGGGAGGUCAUCGUUCAGGACAAACCCUUCUGGAUGAUAGGCGUGACCACUGGCUCUGUAAGUAAGAAAGACAGCCCGACCGAGAGGUGGCCCGGCCUGGCCGUGAACAGCACUUCUUGGUGCAUCUACCACGGAGAUGGACAGUACGUUGCAUGUAAUGACACACAGGAGAAACAACUGUCGGUUGCAAAGCGAGUCAAGAAGCUGGGCAUACUGAUAAAUAUCCAGAAGGGGGAGCUGUCCUUCUACAAUGCUGAUGCUAUGGCACUGCUUCACUGUUUCUGUGUGGAGUGCACAGAGCCACUUUACCCCAUGUUUAACCCGUGCAUUGACAUCAACGGAGCAAACAGGCAGCCUCUUACUUUGUAUUGGAUUAAAGACCUCUAG